AUGAAGACCUCUCAGAGCCUCCUCCUCCUGCCGCUGCUCUGUGCCCUGGCCUGGGCCCAGUGCCCGGCCCCCGCCGAGCUGAAGAAUCCCAACGGCACCAAGAUCUGUGCCCAGCUCUACACAGACAACAGCCCCUACUACGACCAGUGCUGCAAGGGCAGCGUGCUACUGGUGCAGCCGGAUGAAGACCAGCCCUACGUCCCGUCGGCCUUCAACAACAAGGUGUCCUCCUUGGUGGUGGCCCCCCGCUGCGAGCUGUCGGUCUGGUCCCGGAAGGGCAAAGCUGGCAAUACGAGGAAAUUUAAGAGCGGGGCAUUCCCCCGGCUCCAAGAGUACCGAAGGGGGAUUUUCGGAGACUGGGACGAUUCCAUCUCGGCCUUCUAUUGCAAGUGCUCUUGA